UUACUGAAAUUGUUUUCUCUCUCCCCUCUAAUUCGCCACUUAGCCGGAUUGCAGGUGUAGAAGGUCCAAAAAUGUCGACACUUUCGAAGAUUAAUUAUGAGAAUUUACGUUCUUUUCUAUAGUUUAAUAACCUUUUGUUUGUUCUUGAAUUCGAGUCAAUUAUACAUUUGAUUUCGAUUUGAGAAUUUGGGAGUCAGAUUUGUUUGAGAACAUUCGAAUCAGAUAGACUGACAUGCAGAGAAAAUCCAUUGCAAUCAUUUAAGAUUUACUAGAGAAAGUCCGCUUCAGUACCUUCUAUCCCGCUUUGUGAGUAAAACUUGAUUUAAGUUGCUGAAUCUGCAUGUGUAAAUCUUGAGGGGUUCUCUAUCAUUUCUUGGAGGAUCCCCAGAAUUGUAUAUUAUUGGGUAGUUUGUACCCUAUUUACUGUGGGGAUACAUACAUACCUGGAGGUGACGAUCAGUUUGGUCUUUGUUGGUAUUGCCAACAGUGAGAAUUAGUUGUUAGUUUGGGUAUUUUCUGCAUUUCACGGGCUUGAAAUUGAACCGUAGUUCUAGUGAAGAUGUUUGAUUCUACUUCUGAUGCUCCUAAUAAUAGUAAUGGGGCAACUGGACAAUUAUUAAUCCUCACAAGAUUUGUAUGGCCAUAUGGGGGCAGAAGGGUAUUCCUAACUGGUACUUUCACCAGGUGGGUGGACCAUAUAGCAAUGUCUCCGAUGGAGGGUUGCCCUUCUGUGUUUCAGGUCACACGGAGCUUAGCACCAGGACAUCAUCAGUACAAAUUUUUUGUGGAUGGAGAAUGGCGCCAUGAUGAACAGAAACCUUUUGUAAGCGGCAAUUAUGGGGUUGUUAACAUUAUCUUCUUAGGUAGGGAGCUUGAAUCAAGUCCUACAAUUUGUAGCCGAGAGACAACUAACAGAUCUUAUAUGGAAGUGGACAGUGAUCCAUUUGUUCAACUGAAUGCUGUCCCUAAGCUAUCAGAGCAUGACAUCGAGAUUUCUCGCCAUCGUAUAUCUGCAUUCCUAUCUACACAUACAGCAUAUGAGUUGCUUCCAGAAUCGGGCAAGGUCAUUGUUUUGGAUGUGAAUCUACCUGUGAAGCAAGCGUUCCAUAUCUUGUAUGAACAGGGCAUUUCCAUGGCCCCUCUAUGGGACGUUUUCAAGGGCCGGUUUGUGGGAGUUCUUAGUGCAUCUGACUUCAUUUUAAUUCUACAAGAGCUUGGACAUCAUGGAUCAAAUUUGACAGAGGAAGAACUUGAAACACAUACUAUAUCAGCCUGGAAAGAUGGUAAAGUAUAUCUUACCGGGCAAUGUGAUGGUAUCAGCAGACCAUCUCCAAGAGGCUUUGUACAUGCCGGGCCUUAUGAUUCCCUAAGAGAUAUUGCUUUGAAAAUUCUGCAAUAUAAUGUUGCCACUGUUCCCAUUAUCCACUCUUCUUCACCCGAUGGCUCAUGUCCACAGCUUCUACAUCUAGCUACUCUCUCUGGAAUUCUGAAAUGUAUUUGCAGGUACUUCAGACAUUCAUCUAGCUCUUUGCCAAUUCUUCAACAGCCAAUCUCUUCACUUCCCCUGUGUACAUGGGUCCCAAAAAUUGGAGAAUCUGGUGCACGGCCAUUUGCCAUGUUAAGACCGAAUGCCUCUCUUGGAGCUGCUUUAUCUUUAUUAGUUCAAGCUGAAGUAAGCUCAAUACCGAUAGUGGAUGAUAAUGACUCCUUACUGGAUAUUUACAGUAGAAGUGAUAUUACAGCUCUGGCAAAAGAUAGAGCAUAUGCUCAAAUUCGUCUGGAUGAAACGAGUAUUAAUCAGGCAUUGCAAUUAGGACAAGAUGCGAGUUCACCUUAUGGUUGUUUUGGAGGUGGUCAGAGAUGUCAUAUGUGUUUGAGAUCUGACCCUUUACACAAAGUGAUCGAACGGCUUGCAAAUCCUGGCGUGAGGAGACUUGUGGUUGUGGAAGCGGGAAGUAAGCGCGUUGAAGGCAUUGUCUCACUGAGUGAUGUAUUCCGGUUCUUGGUCGGUUAGAUGGAAUCAUUGGGUGAACCAACAUUUCCAAAAUACCUCGUUUGUUUUAACGCUUAGAAUUCUCUCCACUCCAACUGUGCCCAUCAGUUUUCUGGAUGAAGAAGAGAAUCUGAAUUCUAGUAUAGUAGGAAGGAAGGAAGGAAGAAGAUUUGUUAUCUAAUUUGCUGCUGCCCGAUGAAUGUGAUAGAAUACUGCGACUAUUGGUGAAUUGGCGACUGGCUGGCUGGCUGUUCUUCUAUGGAAGAAAUCGACGAUGUUGAUUCAAAAUGUUCUUUUCUUAACUGAAUUGACCUUCACCUUCAUUAAUAUUAUUAUUACUUUUUUUUAAUGUUUGAGAAUUCAACAGUUUAUAUAUAAUGGAUUUAAGCUUUUCAAAAAAAUGAUUGUCUUAAAUGUAUAAGAUAAAAUAGAUAUAGUUAUAU